UGGUAUUCAGAUCUUUGCCAAACACAUCAAAUUCCAAAACAAUAAAAAAAAAAAAAAGCACCAAACUCUGCAGAAACUUUCUCCCUCUCUCUCUCUGUAUCUCUGUCUCUCUGAUUUACCAAAAAAACAAAAAACAAAAACAAAAUCUUCAGCACCGUCACCAUGUCAAUGGCAACUUCAACUCACACUCAUCUUCUCCAAAACUCCAACAAACUAUUCAACCAAACCACCAACAUCAACAACAACAACAACAACCAUCGUUUUCCGUUCACCUCUCUACGCACCACCUUCAAGCCCAUAUCCAUCAAAUGCGCCACACAAGUGCAGGCUCAACCGGUUCCUCACACCCAAUCGGAAGAUCGGGUCUUCAACUUCGCCGCCGGACCGGCCACCCUGCCGGAGAAGGUGCUCCUGAGGGCACAGUCGGAGCUCUACAACUGGCGCGGAUCCGGCAUGAGCGUGAUGGAGAUGAGUCAUAGGGGCAAAGAGUUCCUCUCAAUAAUCCAAAAAGCCGAAGCGGAUCUGCGCACCCUCUUGCAGAUCCCGCCGGAAUAUUCCGUUAUGUUCCUUCAGGGAGGCGCCACCACCCAAUUCGCCGCCGUGCCGUUGAACAUCUGCAGUCCCGAAGACACCGUUGAUUACGUUGUCACCGGUUCAUGGGGUGACAAGGCCUUCAAGGAGGUACAGAAAUACUGUAAACCAAAGGUGAUCUGGUCUGGGAAAUCUGAAAAGUACACAAAGAUUCCAUCUUUUGAUUCAUUGGAGCAGAACCCAGAUGCUAGGUAUUUGCAUAUAUGUGCAAAUGAGACUAUUCAUGGUGUUGAGUUUAAGGAUUACCCAACACCCAAAAAUGCAAGUGGCAUUUUGGUUGCUGAUAUGUCUUCAAAUUUUUGUUCCAAGCCUGUUGAUGUGUCCAAAUUUGGGGUGAUCUAUGCUGGGGCCCAGAAGAAUGUGGGGCCCUCUGGUGUAACCAUUGUGAUAAUCAGGAAGGAUCUGAUUGGGAAUGCUCAGCCAGUGACUCCUGUGAUGCUUGAUUUCAAGAUACAUGAUGAGAACAAUUCACUUUACAAUACCCCUCCUUGUUAUUGUAUUUACAUGUGUGGUUUGGUGUUUGAGGACCUUUUGGAACAAGGUGGUUUGAAGGAGGUUGAGAAGAAGAACAAGAAGAAAGCUGAGAUUCUCUACAAUGCCAUUGAUGAAAGCAAUGGCUUUUUUAGAUGCCCGGUUGAGAAGUCAGUGAGGUCUUUCAUGAAUGUGCCAUUUACUUUGGUGAAACCAGAAUUGGAGGCUGAGUUCAUUAAGGAGGCUGCUAAGGAAAAGAUGGUUCAGCUUAAGGGACAUAGGUCAGUGGGAGGUAUGAGAGCUUCCAUUUACAAUGCUAUGCCUUUGGCUGGGGUUGAGAAGUUGGUGGCUUUCAUGAAGGAUUUCCAGGCCAAGCAUGCUUAGAGGAGGAUCCUAUGUCUGCUGGAAAUACUUGGAUAAUCGUAGUGGUUUCAACUUGGAUGUACUAAUUUAAUCUCAUCAUUAGUGCAUCCUAGUUAGGUACACCACUUUCGUGCAAGCAUUUCUCUGUUAUGCAGAAAGUGUCACUAUAAUUCCAAAGAAUCUCUGGCAGUUUUUGCUUUCUUUAGUUAAUUAGGCACAGGCUGUCGUCUCCUUUUCACUUUUUUAGUGCCAUGUUUGAUAUUCAAAUUUGGGUCGGCAGGUUGUGUUUUCAUUGCAUUUACCAUUGUCGACUGGAAGUGAACUAGUUUAGGUUCGGUUUAUUGGUAUGUCCUCAAUUACAAGUUUGUAAGGGUUGAGUCUCAUGUGAUAUUUUACUGGAUGUAACAUGGUAUAUUUGCAAUAAUAAA